AUGUGUAAAAACAUAGUUCUAAAAUUCGAGAUCUAUGAGAAGAAAAAGGAUGACAAAGAUUUCAAAAUUAUCUUCUCAAAGAAAUAUGAAAAAUCCUUAGAAGCACCUGAAUUAAGCGAAAUGAAAGUACGUUUCGAUGAUGCCAAAACUGCUAUCAUUACCUGGAAACUUCAAAAUUACGAAAACUGCAAGGAUAAAGAAUUGGUAUUCUCCCUAUUUGGCGAUAAAACGGUUAUGCAGAUGGCUAAAGGGACAGAAAUCAGGAUUCCAUUUUUAACACCAGGCAGCACCUACACCGUAUACGCUUUCCCAAAUCAAGUGGACAUUGAGACCACUGUACACACAUCCAUUGCGUUUAAUAUCAAAGUUCCUUAAAUAUAUGCCUCAAUGGUGAUGAUGAUGAUG